CAACACACCAACGCACGGCAGCACGGCGACGCUGCGGCAUCCCGUCCUACGCGUGCCGCAACCCAAACAAUGGCCCGUCUCAACACACACACUUCCGCCACGCCUCUGCGGAGCCGCGCAACGACCGUCGACACCCUCUAUCGCGACCCGACCCCUGCGGGGCGAGGCAGCACUGCGCGAACCUCGUCAUAUUCUGUUAUGAGCCCCGCCCUGUCGCAGUCUUCGGAUAAAGAGAACGACAUACCAGAGUCGCGUCAAAACACGCCUUCGCCAGCUUCUAAGAGAGGUUCAAUGGCAGGAACGCGUGCCCAGCGCCUUCCUACUCCCGACUCAGCCUCCACUUCCAACCCAAAUAAGCGCCUGCGCACAAGCAAAUACGAUUCAGCCAACUCGGAGCUGCGCGGAAGUGCAGCCGCCGGCAUUGGAAUCUACGAAGAUGGACAGGAAAACGAAGAGGAUGCGGAAGAAGAAGACGAUUUCGAGCAGGCUUUGCCCACCCCAACCGAUGCCGAACUCGAAGAUGCCGAUGGCCAAGAUGAGACGGAGGAUCCAGAGCUACCUGCGCCUGAGGAUGACGAUGACGAUCCGGAUAUGCGUUAUUACAACCCUCAACAAGACCCCAGAAAGCGCCGGCAAAUUCGCUCAAACUACCGCAACCUCCAGCGCGAGCUUGAAGACAACCGCGACGAGUACAUUAAACCCAACAGCAACCGGCUGAACGAGCUAGUCCCACAAGCGACGCGCGUGUUCAGCAAAGUUCGCAUGACCGCGGACGCCGUCCUGGAUUCGCACUUUCUGACCUCGGUGACCGACCUGUCUUCGAAACAGCUGAAAAACAGCGUGAACCAGGGCAAUCACGGGAUCGGCGUAGAUCUAGACCAGUUUGUGUCGAGAUGCAUCUUCUUCAUGAAGGAGGGAAGACCGCCCGGCGCCCAAGAAGACGCGCAACCUAGUUCCCGUCGGCCUCGACAAAUGCAGGUGGAUGAAGCCGACGAAGAGGGAGACGGCGACGGGGAAGGGCUGGACUGGGCGUACUUGGGCAGGCACGCCUGCUUCCCUUCGAAUAGCCGUCCUCCUCUUUCGAGUUUUCUGUUGGGGCCUCUUUCCGUCCAGAAACGCGUUAGGAACAUGACGCGCCGUGCUCGGGCACAACGACAACCAGCGGGGCCGGCCACACGGCCACAAGAGAUCAAAUUGUCCGAAAUGGACAAGAGCGAAAACUCCAAUCUGACCCACCAAGUCAAGACUGUUGGAGAGCGACUAAAAGAUCACCUCAACAGAGCGAGCGAGUUGGUAACGAACGAGCUCGAGCUCCUAACGAGUGACCCGACUGACGACGAAAUGGGAGACGUUUUCAGAAGGCAUCGCGUUUGCGCACUAGAGAGCGAGGAGGCAGCGGUGUCCUUGUUCGACUUCGCAAUCAACCCACACUCCUUUGGACAGACGGUCGAGAAUCUUUUCUACAUCAGCUUUCUGAUCCGCGAGGGCGCGGCUAAAGUAGAAACCGACGCAGAUGGUCUUCCAUUAUUAGCUCCCGAAGCAAGUACCGCUGAUCAACGACGCGAACAGAACGUGGAAGUACAAAGACGCCAAGCCGUCUUCUCGAUCGACUAUGCCACAUGGCGCACUUUGAUAGAGGCAUUCGACAUCAAGGAACCUCUGAUACCACAUCGCGCUCCCGAACAGACGAAUAUCGGAGCCAGCGGUUGGUACAGCUAAAUCACUUUCGCUCAUCGUAUUACUGGAUGAAUGUGUACGCAUUGCCUUCGCUUAUGACCUUAUGCGACGAGUGUAAGUACCACCAAGGCGAUUUCCAUUCACAGCAUUACAGCAGCGGCGUUUACACUGGCAUUGCGUAUGCCAUGCCACCAUUCACCGUAUGGCUUCUCUUCCUGGUGGCUUUAAGACCAUGUAAGGCAUUACACAUUUCGACUAGUCGACAGGGGCGUUCGGCUGAGGUCAUUAUUCAUUGAUACCCAAGAUCUAUCUGCGUUUCUUGUAAGGGAGCUACGUGUGCAACUUGUACGAACAUGGACAGGCAUUGUCCUUCGGUAGAAAAGGCCAAAUUCUAUAUCAGGUCCGAGAAUUUUCUUGCGUCCUUUCAACACUUCCUAGCUAAUUCUGCAGGGUGCACAUGCGUAGUGUUAUUCAC